AUUCCUCAAAUCAAUCCUAUUGUAGGACGAUAAAUUGCAACAUCUUAUAAACUACCUGAAAGCAGAAGAAAAGAAAUGGCAAGAAAGUUUGAAGGCAAAAGAAUUAGAAUUACAGCAAGCUAAGAAGGAAGUAUUAAAAAGUGAAGAGGAAGUACUCAAAGCUGCCGGAAACAAGAAGGUUGAAGGCUGUGUGAUAUGUAUGGAUACAAUUACUGACCCUGUAAGACUAAACUGUGGUCACAUUUUUUGUAAGGAUUGUAUUGACGCACAGUCCAAAUUUAAACCUGCAUGUCCAACAUGUGGUCACGUUUAUGGUGUCAUAAUAGGUGAUCAACCGGAUGGAGACAUGAGACAUUCUGUAGAAAAGUAUACUGAUUGUACUGGGUAUUAUGGAUAUGGAAGAAUCGUAAUAACUUACCACUUUCCAUCAGGCAGGCAAGGGCUCAAACAUUCCAGCCCUGGAGCCUUCUAUAAAGGUAUCACAAGGGUUUGCUACCUCCCGAACAAUGACGAAGGCCGUAAAAUACUAGCUAUGCUGGAGAUAGCAUUCAAAAGGAAAUUGGUAUUUACAAUAGGAAAUUCGAGGACAACAGGACAGGAGGGUGUGAUAACAUGGAAUGAGAUACACCACAAAACAAACCCAAAGCCUCACACCCAAUAUGGAUACCCAGAUCCCGGUUACUUCGAAAGAGUUAAAAAUGAACUUGCUGUAAAAGGUGUUACUGAAAGGGACAUACCGAGACAAUAAGCAUAAUACAUAGAUCGUCAAACAAAUUUUAAUGUAUAGAUAGUCUAGUAUUUAUGUAUGUAUGACCGUUCUAUGAUUGUAGUAUUUUUUUUUCAUUUUCAAAUUGUUUGAAAUUGAAUAAGAACCUGACAUAAUUGAACCCAAAUUAAAUAUUGUUAAGAUGUUGUUUUUACAAUGUGUCAAUGUAUUUAUUUUGAAGUAUCUCAUGAGUGUCAUAUAAUAAAGCUGUUACCAUAGACUUCUCAAAAUAACUUAUCACUCACUCAUAUUUUAAUAAUAAAGCCUUAAAGAUGUAUUUUGGUCAUCUUACGGUAAGAUACAUUUAUUGCAGAAAUGUAUUGAAGUCAAGAAAAUUCAUAAUGAACAUUAUGAAUUAUUUAAAUAUGAGAAUGCAUUAACUAUGUUUUGGAAGUUGGAUUGCCUAUUACUGGUCAAGUUGUUUAGUCCUUUACAA